AUGAAGUGGUGUCUUUUAUUGUCAAUGAUGGCCUUUCUCUCCACCAUUUCCACAUUUGAAUUGUCACAAGGAUUAGGACGUGGAAUCGUCGAAUUCGAGCCAGCCUCUACACCGAGAAGGCCAGUGUCCGGUCUCAACUAUUGUCCAACGCCGAAAUGUAUGUCGACAAAGAUGCGGACGGCGAUGUGUGAUCUCUUCCGCUCGCAAAGGGGACGGCAGGCUAGACAAACUAGGGAAUCUGGAUCGAAGCACAAUAACAAGAAGUACAAGAAUCUAAAA